CCGCGGGAUGCGCCGUCCGAGGGUAACCCUCACCGCACCUGGGGGAAAAGGCGGACGCAAGAAAUACCGUCCUUCUACGUUAUGACGUGAGUUACCAAAGCAGCUUAGUUAGGGACAAGCGUCUCUUCCCGCUUCUCUGCCGCCAGUUAACCUAGCUCAAUGACACCACGCCUUCAACCUGAGGGCCCGCUCAUGCGCCGCAGCUGCCCUCACUAACGACGGCUGACAGGCGUGGAGUAAAAGCCGGAAGCAGGCGAGAUGGGCGGUGCUGGCAGAGGGCGUGUCGAAGGCGUGGCCUGGCUGCCGUGAGCUCUGGAGGGGCGUGGCCAGCCGCCCCACCUGGGCUUUCAGUCAAAGGCGCACUUAACCGCAGCGGUCCGCCUUCUAGCCGUCUCCAGGGGGCGGGUCGCUACUGGCCCCGCCCCCGCCCAUAUUUCUUCCUCUUGGGAAGCACCCCUUGAGUCUCCGAGAUUGGGCUGGAGCUGGCUGCUGACUUCCAGUACGUCGGCGGUCUCUAGCGGCGAUGGAGGGCGCCCACGAGAAGCCCGCAGAGUCUAGCUCCUCCGUCCCCAGGUUCGAAGAGCCUGCCGGCUCGGCCGGAGCCCCCGAGGUAUUGCCUCCGGAGGAGUCGGAGGGCUGCGCCCGUUCCUUGGACGCGGCCCCCAAGAAACUCUGUGGCUAUCUAAGUAAAUUUGGCGGCAAAGGGCCCAUUCGGGGCUGGAAAUCCCGCUGGUUCUUCUACGACGAGAAGAAAUGUCACCUGUAUUAUUCGCGGACCGCGCAGGAUGCCAAUCCCUUGGACAGCAUCGACCUCUCCAGUGCGGUCUUUGACUGCAAGGCGGACGCCGAGGAGGGGACUUUUGAAAUCAAGACUCCCAGCCGGAUUAUUACUCUGAAGGAGUGCUCUUGCCAUCAUAGCACAGAUGAGGAAACUGAGCCCAGAAAGGCUAAGGAACCUCAGGGUUUGGGACCGGAUCCUGAUUCUCUUCUGUGGCCAAGAGCGGGUGCUGUUUCAGAGGCCUCCACCAAGCAAGUGAUGGUGUACUGGCUGCAGCAGCUGCAGAUGAAGCGCUGGGAGUUCCACAGCAGCCCGCCUGCACCUCCCGCCGUCCCCGACGCCGCCCUGGCUGCCAACGGGCCUACCCUGCGCCUCGAGCUAGAGCAAGAGGAAGCAGAGCUGGAGGACUUCCUGUGCCCUGUGCAAACGCCCCCCGGGCUUGUGGGUGUGGCGGCUGCCUUGCAGCCCGUGCCUGCCAUGCCCUUGGCCCUUCAGAAUAUUUCCCUCAAGCAUCUUGGAACUGAAAUACAAAACACAAUGUACAAUAUUCGGGGCAACAGGCAGGCCCAAGGAACAGGCCACGGACCUCCAGGGGAAGAUCCUCUACUGAGCGUGGAACCUUGGAGAACGGAGCAGCCCCUGCCCUCUGACCCCGGCACCCCAGGGAAAGAUCCAGCAGAUUCUCCAAAGUCUACACCCAAGUCCUCUCUGACUGCCAAUCUCAUUCAGAAAGCCAAGCGCCAGAACAGCACCUUUCCAUUCUUUGCUGAAGGAUUCACAUGGACCCGAACUGCCCAGGAAAAGGUUCUAGCCUUGGAGCAGCAGGUUCUGAUGCUCACCAAGGAGUUAAAGUCUCAGAAGGAGCUGGUGAGGAUCCUGCACAAGGCGCUAGAGGCUGCCCAGCAGGAGAAGAGGGCAUCCAGCGCAUACCUGGCAGCGGCCGAGGACAAGGACCGGCUGGAGCUGGUGCGGCACAAGGUGCGGCAGAUCGCAGAGCUGGGCAGGCGGGUGGAGGCCCUGGAGCAGGAGCGGGAGAGCCUGCUGCAGACGGCCGGCCUGCAGGAACAGCAGGUGCAGGAGCUGCGGCGGCACGUGCAGCUGCUCAUGGACAAGAACCAGGCCAAACAGCAGGUCAUCUGCAAGCUGUCUGAGAAGGUCACCCAGGACUUCACGCAUCCCCCUAUCCAGCCGCCUGGGCCCCCAGGGGCUGCCAACAGGGACUUCCUGAGCCAGCAGGAGAAGAUGGAGCACCUGAAGGAUGACAUGGAAGCAUAUCGGACCCAGAACCGCUUCCUCAACUCCGAGAUCCACCAGGUCACAAAGAUCUGGAGAAGGGUGGCUGAAAAGGAAAGGGCCCUCCUGAUGAAGUGUGCCUACCUCCAAGCCAAGAACUGCCAGGUGGAGAGCAAGUACCUGGCCGGGCUGCGGAGGCUACAGGAGGCCUUGGGGGGUGAGGCCACUGAGUGCUCAGAGCUGCUGAAGCAGCUUAUCCAGGAGGCGCUACAGUGGGAAGCCGGGGAGGCCUCAGCCGAUGGCGUGGAGCUGAGCCCUAUCAGUGAGUAUGAUGAGUAUGGCUUCCUGACGGUGCCCAACUACGAGAUGGAAGACCUGAAGCUGCUGGCCAAGAUCCAGGCACUAGAGGUGCACUCCCAUCACCUGCUGGCCCAUGAGGCCGUGGAGCGGCCGCUGCGGGAGCGCUGGGCUGCCCUGGGUGAUCUUGCACCCUCGGUCGAGCUCAAGCAGCUGCUGCGGGCAGGUGUGCCCCGAGAGCACCGGCCACGUGUCUGGAGGUGGCUGAUCCACCUCCGCGUCCAGCAUCUGCGGAGCCCCGGCCGCUACCAGGAGCUGCUGAACCGGGGCCAGGUCCGCGAGCAUCCUGCCACCCGCCAGAUUGAGCUGGACCUGAACCGUACCUUCCCCAACAACAAGCACUUCACCUGUCCCACCUCCAGCUUCCCCGACAAGCUACGCCGGGUGCUACUGGCCUUUUCCUGGCAGAACCCCACCAUUGGCUACUGCCAGGGCCUGAACAGACUGGCAGCCAUCGCUCUGCUGGUCCUGGAGGAGGAGGAGAGCGCCUUCUGGUGUCUGGUGGCUAUUGUGGAGACCAUCAUGCCGGCUGAUUACUACAGCAAGACGCUGAUGUCAUCCCAGGUGGACCAGCGGGUGCUCCAGGACCUCCUCUUGGAGAAGCUGCCCAGGUUGAUGGCUCACCUGGGGCAGCACCAUGUGGAUCUCUCCUUCAUCACCUUCAACUGGUUCCUCGUGGUCUUUGCGGACAGUCUCAUCAGCAACAUCCUUCUCCGGGUCUGGGACGCCUUCCUCUAUGAGGGUACCAAGGUGGUAUUCCGCUAUGCCUUGGCCAUUUUCAAGUACAACGAGGAGGCGAUCCUGAGACUGCAGGAUGGCCUGGAGAUCUACCAGUACCUGCGCUUCUUCACCAAGACCAUUUGCAACAGCCAGAAGCUGAUGAACAUCGCCUUCAACGACAUGAACCCCUUCCCUAUGAAGCAGCUGCAGCAGUUGCGGAUGGCCCACCGGGAGCGGCUGCAGGCUGAGCUGCACGAGCUGGAGCAGCUGAAGGCUGAGUACUUGGAGACUCGGAACUCCCAAGGCCCAGCGGUGCCAGAGGGUUGCACCAGUGAGGACGAGGGGGAGGGGGACGCCUGACUUGGCCACCUGCCCUCCCCAAAGCUCUUUCUCCCCUUUGGCUGUCAGGCCUCUGGGAGGAUGGCCGUGGAACGGUGGUCCAGCCCGUGAGCCACAGCACCGCGUGUCGCUGGGCAAGUCCCUUCCCCUCUCUGGGCCUCAGUCUCCCCAUCAGAACAUUGUCUGCUGUGAAGCUCUUGGUUGGGACUCAUGAGCACAUACCCAGGGAUGCCACCCCUUUCUCACUUCUCCCACAGAGCACUUCAGCAAACAGACAAGCAAGAAUGCUGACUUAUUGGGUAACCUGAACAUUCUUUAAGUUUUAUCUGUAUAAAACAAUGUAAAUAUUGGAAAUAGUU